UUGAAGUAUUUCCAGAAAGCACCUGAUGAAGAAGAAGAAAAGUCUGGACAGAAAAAGUGGGAUCUACCUGUGGAUAAGGUAAAAGCGUAUCCCAUAGAAGAGGGAACUUCCUCGGCAAGGAAUAAAGCUCGGUCCAAAGGGGAAUCACCAGAGCCCAGUUCACCACAACCCAAUAAGCUAACGCCAUUGGAAAUAGAACCUGAGAAUGAGAAAUAA